UAACAGUUCCAACCUUGCUAGGUCCUCUUGUGCUCUUGGAGAAUUUCAAUUUUGAGCCCUAAUAUUCAUAUAUCAUCAACAAAUACAUCUUACCUUUGGCUUUGUCUGUUAUAUCUGUUUAUCGAAAUGGUAGAGAUGACCACAAACAUAAGCAGUGUGGCCAUGAUUCUGCUAAUUUGUCUUUUGUCACUAUUAGCAAUUUCCAUGGCGAAGGUUCCGCAACUAGUCUUGCCGAAUUGCGAUGAAAAGUGUGGAGAUCUGACCAUACCAUAUCCAUUUGGCUUCAGAGAAGGAUGCUUCAAGGAUCCUAGUUACCGUAUUUUAUGCAAGCAGGAUGGCAACACCUUCAAAGCCCAUCUUGAAAGGAAGGGUUUUCCAGGAGGGAAGGAUUUGCCAGGAGGUGAUGAUGAGAUUCUUAAUAUCUCAUUAUCCACAGCAGAAGUCAUAGUUAUGGGCAAAUAUCUUGCUUAUAACUGCUUCAAUGAUUCAGGAGAGAUGACAAAAUGGAAAACCUACACCAAUUUUCUGGAAAAUACGUCGUUCGUAUUUUCAGCCACCCGCAACAAGAUCAUUGGCAUCGGAUGCGACACUGUGGCCUACUUAAGCAGCAUCUUCAAGAGAAAAAGCUUUACGAGUGGGUGUGUCUCUGCGUGUAAUAGCCUGGAUAGUGUGACAAAUGGGUCUUGCUCCGGAAUUGGUUGUUGCCAAAGCUCAAUCCCUUUGGGUCUUAAAAGUUUCUAUGUGAGACUAGAUACUUAUUUUAUUGACCACUCUACGAUUUCGGAGUUCAACCCUUGUAGUUUUGCUUUCGUGGCUGAUAAAGAUUGGUUCAAUUUUGAUAUAUCAUCUCUCUCGGCAAAAACAUUUGGAGGACCUAUUCCUCCUGUGGUGUUGGAUUGGGCAAUUGGGAAUCAGACCUGUGAACAAGAAUCUCGCCCAUGUGGUCCAAAUAGCAAUUGUUCUAAUUCAAUUCAUGGCCCUGGCUUUGGCUAUCAAUGUAACUGCAAGGCUGGUUUUGAAGGUAACCCUUAUCUCCCUCAAGUAGGAUGCCAAGACAUUGAUGAAUGUGAGAAGGGAUUCAAGAAUGAAUGCCACCAGAGUAGUAUUUGCACCAACACCCUGGGAAGUUAUAAUUGCUCCUGUCCAAAAGGCUACAAUGGCGAUGGCUUUGUAAAAGGGACUGGCUGUGCCAAAAGUCCGAAUACUUACAUAAGCAUUGUUGCAGGUACCUGUGCAGGUGUUCUAGUUCUACCUGUCUUUAUUUGGUUUUGGUAUGAGGCAAUUAAGGAAAGAAAACGCAGAAAAUUUUUUGAAAAAAAUGGAGGUAUUCUAUUGAGGAAACAAAUCGGGUUGCAUCAAAGGGAAGGGGAAAGUUUUAAGUUUUUCAAAGAAAAAGAGCUAAAGAUAGCAACCAAACACUUUGAAGAAAUAUUCAGAGGAGGAGAGUUUGGUAAAGUUUCUGAGGGAGAGUUACCAUCUGGAAAAGAUGUUGUUGUUAGGAGACCCAAAAAGAUGGAUCCUAACCAGAUUAUACAGUUUAUAGAUGAGGUUGAUAUUCUCUCUCAAAGCAAUCACGAUCACGUGAUAAAGCUCUUGGGCGUUUGCCUAGAGAAUGAUGUUCCAAUGUUAGUUUAUGAGUUUUUCUCCAGGACGACACUCUUCGACCGUAUCCAUCAUGGUAAAAAUCUGGGAAAAACUCUUUCAUGGAAAGAUCGUUUAAGAAUUGCUACAGAAACUGCCAAAGCAUUAGCCUAUUUGCACCAUUCUCAUCCUGUGUCUAUCUUUCAUAGGAAUCUCAAGUCUUCUACUGUACUUGUAAAUGAUGAAAACAAGGCUAAAAUAUCUGAUUUUGGAGCUUCAGGAUUUAUUCCAGUUCAACUGGAUGAAGCUCACCAAAGUACAUUAACUGUUCAAGGGAAUCAUGGGUACUUAGACCCAGAAUAUUAUGGUGGUGAAUUAAAUGAUAAAUGUUAUCGUGCAGAUAAUAUGUUAACUGAAGGAAGUGAUGUUUAUAGUUUUGGAGUUGUUCUAGUGGAGCUUUUAACUGGUGAAGAGCCAAUAAUGGCAUCAAAAGAAACCCUAGCAGAAUUUUUUUUAUCAUCUGUGAAAGAUGAGAAACUAGUUCUUGAUGUCCAAAUAAAGAACGAUGGGAAGAAAGAACAGUUCAUGAAAGUUGCUGAGCUUGCAAUAAGCUGCUUACAGGCUAAAAGCGAAGAUAGGCCGACGAUGAAGCAAAUUGUGAAGCAGCUUGAUUCUAUUAAAAACUUGUUUGAGCAACCUUCAUUUCAACAUAAUCAGCUGGAGGAGACUGAACAUCAUCGUCACGGUGAACCAUCCACAAGUUCUAUUACUGAUGAACCGCUUGAAAUAGAUAUUGGUCGUUGAUUGCUGAACUGCUGAUGAUCUUUGCAAAAAUUACAAGGUGAGAGGGAAAAGGUUGCUUCUAGGUACAUUGAUGGAAGUAUUGAAGCAUGCUCAGUGAGUUAAGCACUUUAAGCUUAUUCUAUACUUGGAUGCUGGAGCAGUUGUGGUGCCAUUUUCUUAAUGAGUUUGUGGGAGUUUAGGAAUGUUGGUUUGUGGUUGUUUUUUUUUCAAUCUGUCUUUAUUUUAUGGUGUGAUUGUCCACGUGUGAGAAUUAAUCCCAGUUUGGAAGCUUUGAGUUUUAAUAUUGGUGACUAUUUUCAUUUGUCCUAUGUAAGUUAUAUGAAUUAUGUGAUUAAUAGUAGUUAUUUUUUUUUUA